GUAAAAACACUGAUCAUUUUCUUCUUCAUUUAGACCAUCGAAUAAAUCUCCUCACCUCCGGUCUCUUUCUCUUUCCCCUUCUUCCUCCUUUCGAUGGCCAUAAAAGAGCUUCAUCGUCGAGCAAAAGAAGAAGAGGAGUUUUGUUCCUCGUGUUAUUCGGCCCCGACCGGACAUGAGAUUUUCUCCCCUCCCUUUUUUGUAGUCUGUCCUUCUUGUCUGCUCUGUCCGUCCAUUUCAUUGUCUUUAUUUUUGAUCGUUAGCUGUAGCUCUCUAUUGCUUGUACGAAGAAGAGAGAUAUUAGAGAGAGAAAAUGGCGGAUUGGGGUUUGGUGGUUAUAGCGGUGGUGUUGUUCGUGCUGUCGACGUCGAGGCUAUUGUUCCAGCUACUGGGAAGGAACAGAAUAGUAGAGUUCGGGAACAUGCAAACAAGUGGUGUAUCCAUUCUGGUGCAUGCCAUCAUCUAUUUCGGUCUCAUCACCAUCUUCCUCAUCGCCAUCGGUGUUCACAUCUACACCGGUUAAUCACCACUCUUUUCUUCUUCUUCUUCUUUCGAUGGACUCUUUCGAUUAGCUUCAUUCGGUUAACCAUCGUUCGGUUAGCUUCGUUUCAUUUUGUGUCGAUUCCAACUUCCAAGGAAUUCUUUUACCAUCUCGAGAGUCCCAGAUUCAGAUUCGAGGAGAGUCCAAUCAAUUCACUGCUUCUGUUUUUACCCCUCAACCGCACCCUCCUGAGCCCUAACUUUGAGAGAUGAGUAUGCUCGGCGUCCAAAGCUCAACACUACCCAGAAGAGUUUCGAUGACCAUCGUCAAGAUCGCCAUGAAAGAGCUUCGUCUGCCUUCCACCUUCAGACCACUUAAAUGGAAUGCACGGCCUUUGUUUUUCCUCGUCGAGCACUACCUGGAGGAGGAGGAGGACGAAGGCAGAUGAAGCUCUUUCAAAGAAGAAUAAAAGAAGAAGGCAGAGGGGAGGACCAGAGGGGAGGACGAUGGCGGACGAAGAUCUUUCAAAGAAGAAGAAAAUAAGAAGGCAGAGGGGAUGACUAGAGGUGCAGAAAAGAAGGCAAAGGGGACGACUAGAGGGUAGGACGAAGGCGGACCAAACUCUUUCGUUCUCCUCUUCAUCGCAACUCUGCUCCAAACUCAGAUACAGAAAAGAAGAAGAAGAAGAGGAAGGAGGAGGAAGAGGAAAGAGAAAGGUAGAGGCUAGUGUUUGGUGGUCUCAAAAGGAAGAAGAUGAACAAUAUUUUCACCCUUUUUUUAUAUUUUUUUAAAAGUUACCUUAUUUUAGAAAUUAUUUUAAAAAAUUAUUUUUAUUGAUACUGACACCCAAAACUUGCCCUUAUCAACUAUAAUCCCUUUUUUUCGGAUUUCUUUUGAAUUUCUACACAACGGGGUAGCCCAUCCCAACAAACUGGGCUUCAGUCACUACUAGACCUGUUCAUGGGUCGGGCCGGGCUCGGGCCGGGCUUUGACUCUUUAUU